GGGAAAGGAAUUUGAAAGGGAUGUCAUAGGUCUUCUUUAUAUUUUCUCUGUUAGGGUUCAUAUUUUUCAAAAUAAGGAGAAAAGAGAAAUAGAUCGAGAUAUGGAGAAUGAGAAGAUUGCUUCCCCUAGAACCGAUCGCAAGACUGUAGAGAGGAAUAGAAGAAAUCACAUGAAGACCCUUUACUCCAAGCUCAAUUCUCUCAUCCCAAAUCAGAACUCUAAGGAAACAAUGGCACUGGCUGAACAACUGGAAGAAGCUACAAAUUACAUAACAAGGUUAGAGAAUGAAUUGGAAAAACUGAAGGAGAAGAAAGAACACUUAAUGGGUAUGGAAAGAGUAAGUAAAAGCAUGAGCAGUGGAAUGAUGGUGGAGUUAAUAAGAACACCACCCCAUAUUGAGAUUCAUGAUAUGGGUUCUGUUUUGGAGGUGAUUCUAAUAAGUGACUUCGACACUCAAUUCAUGUUCAAUGAGAUUAUUCGUUUGCUUCAAGAAGAAGGAGCUGAUAUUGUGAGUGCCCAAUUUUCUGUAGUCAACAACCAAACCUAUUUCCACACAAUACAUUCUGAGGUAGCAGAGACUUCUCUUGGUUUUGGAGCUGCAAGGAUAUCCAACAGACUAACAAACUUUGUCCACGAAUACUUUGUUCUCUCUGAAAGUGUGCCCCAGACUGUUCAGCAGUGUUCAUCCUCUGUCAAUCCUCUUUUAAGUUGAAAUUCAUUGUUUAGAGAUUAUGGAUUGGAAAGGAAGAACAAGAUUCAUGUAGCCAAAC